AUGAGCGAAGCUUCGGAUAUAUGGCAGUUUCUCACCAAUUAUCUCGACGAUGCCAUGGAUCAAGGCUGGGUGGGCAAGUCCAAUUCCCCAAGACAUCCCCUUUGGGAGUACGAGCUUGAGAACGCCAUCGACUGGCGCGCUGCCGGCAUCCGCGAAAACCCAGAUGGCUCUUGGGUCAGAUGUAUGAUGCUUGAAAGCGUCAACGGAGACGAGGAUCAGAUCACCCGGGGCGAGAUCCUAAGUAUCUGUCGAAUUAUGAUCAAAUGUCUCCGUGCGAAAAGCUAUCUUUCUUAUAAAGUCAUUCCGGUGCUACUCAUCUCCUUCACGGGACCCCGACAUGCUCGCAUCCUCCUGGCUCAUCAUAACGGUACCGAACUUGUGAUUCGACAAUCCAAGCUGCUUGAUUUCCGGGAGAAGAAUGUCCCCGCGUUCAAGAUCUUGCUUAGAUGGUGGUGCUCGUCUGGAACUGGGGAUAUCAUCAAUGGAUGA